AUGAAAUAUUUGCUGGGACAAUGUCUAGAGAAAGCCGCAAAGGAGUGGUGGGUUCUCAUAGAAGAUCUCGUCGUGGAUUUUGAGGAAGUAGAGAAGAAAUUCGUUGAGCGUUUCUGGAGCACUGAUGUCCAGAGAAAAGUGAGGAAAGACCUCGAAUUUGGACACUACUCUGAUAAGGAUAAUAAAACAUCGAAAGUGGAGUAUACGAUUAACAUUUUCGGAGCCGCGAAGGAUCUCAUCCCUCCUCCAAGCGAUGAAGACAUAAUUGCAUCACUCUCGCAACAUUAUACGGAUGAGAUUCAGGCAACUAUAAUCAGCCGAGGAUUCAAAACACUAGAACAAUUGAUCGAAUUCCUGGGUAAAAUCGAUCGGCAUGGACCAAUAAAUUCCAAAAAUGAAAAAGAAACCUCAACGAACCCAAAUCAAAAUAAAAACGAGCAAAGGCCAUUCCGAAUGCCUCAAAACAACAACUGGAAUAACCAGGGUGGAUAUCAGAACAAUUUCAACCGUGGAAACCCAAACUGGAACCAAAAUAACCGACCCAAUGGAGGUUAUAACAACAAUAACGGCUGGAACAAUCAACAAAACCGCAAUUACCAGCAAAAUUACAAUCAAAGGCCCAACAACAAUUAUCAACAAAAUUAUAACCAGCGGCCAAACAACGGAUAUCCUCAGCAGAAUCGAAAUAACGGAAAUAAUAACCAACAGAACGGAUAUAAUUGA